CUCAUCACAGUCAACCACCGGCUCACAUUCGAGUAGUACACUCCAAUAUUUAUAUUAAUAAACAUAUAAUGAAGUUGUUUGUAGUAGCUGCUAUCAUCGGUGCCUGCUUGGCCGACCGUCUUGACAACAAGUACUUGCCUCCUAGAGGAAACGAUGGAGCUGGCUAUGGCGCAAAUAGUGGUGGCUUCGGUGCUGCCCCCAGUGCUGGUGGUUUCAGAUCCGGAGGUGGUUUCGGCUCUGGUGGCUUUGGGGCAGGAGGUGCCUCUGGAUUUGGCCGUGGAGGAUCAGGUUUUGGUCAAGGCGCAGGUUUUGGAGGAGGUGCCGGCCAAGGAUUUGGAACCCAACACUCUGGCAACGCAUACAACGCUCCCGCUCAACAAUACAGCAGCAGCCGCCCUCAAGAUGCUGGUGCUCAGAUCCUAAGAUCAAACAGUGAAGUGACCGCCGAAGGGUUCUCCUACGACUUUGAGACCUCCAAUGGAAUCCGUGCUGAUGCUUCUGGUGUUGCCACCAAUGGUGUCCAGUCCCAAGGCAGCUUCGGAUACAAGGGUGAUGAUGGUCAGGAUUACAGCAUCUCGUACACUGCUGAUGAGAACGGUUACCAACCCCAGGGUGCUCAUUUGCCAACCCCCCCUCCGAUCCCUGAAGCUAUCUUGAAGUCUCUGGAACAAAAUGCCCGUGAUGAAGCUGCCGGCAUCUCUGAUGAUGGCUCAUACCGCGGUGAGGGUGCUGGUGCUGGUGGUUACUCUGGAUCCAGCUCUGGUGGUUACUCCGGAUCCAGCUCUGGUGGUUAUUCUGGUGCUGGUGCCAGCUUCGGACGCGGUUCAGGAUCUGGCUUCGGCGGUGGUGCAGGUUCCGGUUUCGGAGGAGCUGCCAGCUCUGGUUUCCGUGGCAACGCUGGAUCUGGUUUCGGCGGUGCUGCCGCAUCUCGCCAGUACUUGGCUCCCAACGCUGGAUCCCGCCCAUCCGGCUCUGGCAACUUCAACUCCCAAACCGGCUAUAGAUACUAAACGAAUCCCACCGAUGGAAGGGUACGCUGAUUUAUUUAUUGCAACUUCAUAAUCCUGUGGAUUGUAGUCAAAAGUUGUAAAAAACUAAAACCAUUCCUUAAAUUUUCCAUCAUUCAUCAUUGUUGGUACUUUGGUCUUCUGUUUAAUUCUUUAUUGUUUAUUGUUUCGGUCUGUUCGUUCUUUUUAAUCUUUUGUAUCUUGAUACGUCAUUCAUUAAUUUAAUUAUUUAUGAACAUAACUAAUGCUUAAAUUACUUCUUGAAUUUCUAAUCCCUUCCAUCACUAUGACUUUGUGAUAUAACGAUACUGUCUUACCAAUUUAUAGCUAUUCUGUUCUUUUCUAGAAGUUAUUGUCAACCUGGUCUGUUUUUUUAUAAUGUGAUCUCAAAUUUCUUUCUCUUUCUGCUUGUAUAAUUAAUUACUUUUUAUUAGAAAAAUACUCGUUAUUGUAAGUUUUAUAUUCAAGCUAUGUAAAUGGACAGUACUAGGAGUAAGAGAAAAUGUUCAAAAAAAUGUAGUUUGACUUUUGUACUAUAAAUUAGUAGUAAGUUUUGUAAAUACAAAAUGAAUAUACGAUGUAUAAAGCA